AUGGCUCUCCAGGUCAGAGUCGCUCCAAGCAAGGUUGUUCUGCAGAAUCUCCUUGCAUGUGUCACCCUCUUCUACACCGUGUACUAUGUGGUUCUGAUCACCGGCUGCAUCAUGCUCAAGGUGGAGGAGUUGGAUGUCCUGGCACCGUUUGAUUUCAAAACAAAUCCUUCAUGGCUCGACUCAAAUUAUAAAGUUCUUUUAGUCUCAACAGAGGUCACCUACUUAGUUUGUGGAUUGCUUUUCGUUCCGGUUGUGGAAGAAUGGGUUUGGGAUUAUGCUAUUUCAGUAACUAUUCUCCAUGUUGCCAUCACUUCAUCUGUAAUGUUGGAAUUUCCCUUGACAUCACAUUGGUGGGCUGCUUUAGGAUCCGGCUUAAUUUCAAUGAUAUGUGGAGGCCAGAUUUUAGCAUACUGUUUGUUCAAAGACAACUUUAUCCAGAGCUGGAUGAUUUUUAACAGAACAGCUGAAUUAAUUUGUCUCAGACUUUCUUAUAUUAUUAUAUACAUUAUGUCAGAGCUAAAAGUGCUUACACAUUCAAAAUCCUCUCUGCUCUCAGAAGCAGUGUCAGUGACAACCCACAAACCACGACGACACUCAGUGGUGGCCAGCNCUCUCAGAAGCAGUGUCAGUGACAACCCACAAACCAUGACGACACUCAGUGGUGGCCAGCAUUUGUCUAGAAGAUAUGGGAAAAGAGCUGUAAAGCGUUUCCCCAAGGGUGAAAAGUGUUACUCCCAAAAGCACAUGCCUAGGAUAAUGGCUCUGCCAUGUCAGCACCGAGUGCUGCAUGAAUCCUAA